AUGGAUAUCUAUGGUACAGCCGCUACGGCGCUGCAACACGUCGUUCAGGUAACCAUCUUUAUCAAGGGUGUGAUUUCUGACAUCAGAGAGUAUGAUAACGACCGAGCCACCAUCGACCUCAAGCUCGACCUCCAACUGACUUCGCUCGAGUUUUUCCGCCGGAGAUUCCUGCACGAGAAACAUGGCCUGAUGCUUCCGGGAAAUCUGCCCGAAUGGAUUGCCGAUACCAUCUGCAAACUGCUGGUGAAGCUGAACCGGGUGCUAGCAGAAUAUCAGGUCGUCGUCGGGCGGUACGAGGAUUUUGACGAUAAGAUGAGGGAGAUGAAGGUCAACGACGAACCGGAGACUGUGAGCAAAAGGGAAAAGUGGAAGAAGUCCUUCUAUGAACGGGCGAAGUCUCACGCCAAAUCGCUCAAGGUGAAGGGGUACGACUGGUCGCUUUUUGAAAAGAAGAAGCUGCUUGCUAUCAUCGAAGAGUAUCAAGGGUGGACAAGCAGUUUGCGAGACCUGAUGCAGCACUUCUCCCAGGAGACAGUCUACAACAUCGCAGACUCUUCCACAUCGCCGUCACCUUCAUCCGACCUUGAAGGCACGGGCCUGGAACAUGUUGUUCAACGACAGAAACUGGCGUCAGCGCUCCCGCCAGACGACUUUCGCCAGCUCCAGGGAGAGAUUGUCGAGGAAGACGCAGCUUCCAGCCGCUUCCGGCUCACCCGCUGGACGCACAACGGAGAAUCAACGCAGGUUCUGGUCGAGUAUCGGGAGUAUGACCGUCGCCUACGGUACGAUGACUUGGACCCCGAGGAGAUUGCGGAGCUGAAAGCGCCGGUGCGAAAUCUUGCAUGGCUCUUACAGAGCUGUACCUUCCAGGAUGCAGGCGACCCCGAGUCGCAACUCCAACAGCCUGCCAUCUACUCGCUUCAGUGUCUUGGAUUCAUGGAUCAGGCCGAAAAAGAGCGAUACGCCUUUGUUUACAAGCUCCCGUUCCGCAAGCCCGACGCUGAAAGUAAUGAGCUACUCACACUCCACGAUCUGAUCACCAAAACAGAUCCCAAGACUAGAAGGCCGUUGAAAACGUCGCUGUCAGAUCGCUUUAGCAUUGCACACUGUCUGGCCCUGACCCUUUCCAACAUCCAUGCAUCCCUCUGGCUGCACAAAAACAUCUGGAGCCGCGGCAUCCUCCUUUUCCAGCAAUGCGAUAAAGAGGGCAUCACGCCGCUUGAAAUUCAGCGGUCUCUCCCUACUUCCACCGACGAUGCUGAGCGGCCACAGGCCGUCGCUUUUAUAGGCGACUGGGGAUAUGCCCGUCACAUCGAGGGGGCAACCGACAUGAAGGCUGAUUUUGAAAUUGAGCCCAAUCUAUACAGACACCCGGAGAGGCAAGGCGCACCGACACGUCAAUUUGCACCACCGCAUGAUAUUUAUGCCUUGGGUGUAGUGUUGCUGGAGAUUGGGCUAUGGAAAACUGUUUCUCAGCUAUUCGAUGCGCGUAUCCAGGUUGGGCAGCGAACAGGCAAAUUGCCCAAGGCGAAGGAGGUGAAGGCCGUUUUGAUAGCACUCGCACAGACGGAACUACCUCGAGAAAUGGGGAGUGUGUAUGCUGCUGCAGUUAUCAAGUGUUUAACGGGCGACUUUCGAAAGAAUAGCGAUGUAGAACUGUCCUUGGACUUUAGAGAAAAAGUAGUAGAUAGCAUUUGCUUGGGGAUGAAGCUAUAA